UGUGCGUGAUGGCUUCAAUGGAGUUUCAUCGACUUCCCAUCUUUGUUUUAUUUUCUCAGUUAGUGCUGGCAGCCAUGGCGGUUGGAAGAAGUGAUAUCUUAUUACCUGAUAAGAUAGCGUUGGUGACAACGAAGGCUGAAAGAAGUGAUCUUUCUGUACCUGCAGAAAUAUAUUGGCAUUCCAAAUUACCAAACACUCCAAUUCCACAAGAUCUUUUAAAUCUUAUUCAACAAGCAGAUACUCGACCGUCUUACGGAAGGCCCUAUGAGCAACCUUUUGCAGAAGAUACUACUGAUAGUCAAGCGUGGCCCUACGAGCAACCUUUUGCAGAAGAUACUACUGAUCGGCGACAUAAGUAUGGAAGUCACUACGAGCAACCUUUUGCAGAAGAUACUACUGAUCGGCGACAUAAGUAUGGAAGUCACUACGAGCAACCUUUUGCAGAAGAUACUACUGAUCGGCGACAUAAGUAUGGAAGUCACUACGAGCAACCUUUUGCAGAAGAUACUACUGAUAGUCAAGCGUGGCCCUACGAGCAACCUUUUGCAGAAGAUACUACUGAUCGGCGACAUAAGUAUGGAAGUCACUACGAGCAACCUUUUGCAGAAGAUACUACUGAUAGUCAAGCGUGGCCCUACGAGCAACCUUUUGCAGAAGAUACUACUGAUCGGCGACAUAAGUAUGGAAGUCACUACGAGCAACCUUUUGCAGAAGAUACUACUGAUCGGCGACAUAAGUAUGGAAGUCACUACGAGCAACCUUUUGCAGAAGAUACUACUAAUCGGCGACAUAAGUAUGGAAGUCACUAUGGAAGGCGCUAUGAGCUUAAAUUCAACAAGCAUGCUCUCUCUAACUCAACUGUGUUUUUCUUGCCUAAUGAUCUCCAUGCAGGCAAAAAGAUGAGGGUCCAUAUAACUAAAUCAGCAAACAAAGCUAGAAUUUUGCCUCGACAAGUAGCCGACUCUCUGCCCUUUUCAACUAAUAAGUUAGCAGAAAUUAUGAAGCGCUUUUCGGUAAAUCCUGAAUCACGUCAAGGCAAAAUAUUAAAGCAAACUGUAGAAGACUGUGAGUCACCAGGAAUUAAAGGAGAAGAUAGAUUUUGCCCUACAUCUCUAGAGUCCUUAGUUGAUUUCAGUGUGAAACAUGUUGGAAACAAAGCUCAAGUCCUUAUGAACGAGAUAGAUAAGCCUAAAAGGGAGCAAGAGUAUACUAUCAAAGAAGUAAAAUUUAUAGGAGAAAACCAUGUGGUGUGCCAUAAGCUACAAUACCCAUAUGCUGUGUAUUAUUGCCAUGCACUCAAGGGCACUAAGGUUUACACAGCUCAAGUGGUAGGAGCUGAUGGCACAAAAGCUAAAGCAGUCGCAGUUUGCCACACAGAUACCUCAGCUUGGAAUCCAGGACACUUGGCCUUUUUGGUUCUGAAGAUGAAGCCAGGUGAAGGAACUGUUUGCCACUUCAUUAGAAGUGAUACUUUUGUCAUGGUUUCCAAUUAAUUAUGAGAAAAAAGCUCCACCACCAGUCUUAUGAAAUGAGCCACGCUUAGAGUUUAUGCGUGCUUGUAGUUACUGCUUUAUCCUUGUAUAAUUAAGUUUAUGUUGAAUAAAUGUGGAGCUUUGCUUAUUAUUAUAA